CCGCGGGCAGUUGGUCUCGGAGCGCUCCGAACAACACAAGUUCCGGCUUCAUCGUCCGGAGAGGAUCGGGGAUUUGCCACAAAUGAGAAAGACCAAAGAUCGAGAUAGAUUGGCCUUCUCCAUGCCAAGGCGCGUAUCCUAUCCGGGGUUGUAUUAUUUAUUCGCGAAGUUGGGUCUGUAAGUUGAGUUGGUUGCCAUCGUCCGAUUCAUAGUGCAUCAACACCGCAUACAAACACCAUGGGCUCGGAAGUAUUGCAACUGUUUCCUAACGGUGGAUGGGAUGUUCACCACCAUAUUUUUGAGCCCGUGCGGUUCUCCUACGCCCCCGACCGCCAUCUCACGCCUCCCCCAGCAACCAUCAAAAACUACCUCGACUUCAAGCAAAAGCUCGGUCUCACCAACUCCGUCCUCACCCAUGGCCUCUCCUACGGCGCCGACUGCUCCUCCCUAACCACCUUCACGUCCGACCUCGGCCCCGACACCACUCGAGCCAUCGGUGUAAUCGACCCUAGCACCGUAACCCCCUUGCAGCUGCAAGCUAUGCAGCGGGCAGGCGUCCGCGGUAUCCGCGUGAACCUGUACCGCUAUGGGGCCAUGCACGACGUCGAGGCGCAGAAGACGGCAUUACGCGAACACGCGCGGGCUUUGGGCUCCCAAUGCGCGGGAUGGAGCAUGGCGUUCACGCAUACCCACCCGGAGUUCUGGAGUGAGUUGACCCCCGUGAUUGAGCGCGAGAUCGUGCCGACGGGGAUCAAGCUGGUUACGGAUCAUUUCGCGCUGCUGAAGGGCGCGAGUAUGUUGUCGGGUGCUGGGGAUGGUCCUGCCAGCGAUGUGUCGAAGCAGCCAGGAUUCGCGGAGAUCGUUGACCUAGUGCGGGCCGGGCAUCUUUAUAUUAAAAUCAGUGCUCCGUAUCGUGUUAGCAAACAGGCGCCGGAUUAUGCUGAUUUGAAGCCCCUGGUGCGCGCGUUCUUCGAUGCUAAUCCGCGGCAGGUUCUUUGGGGGAGUGAUUGGUAUGUUUCCCCUGUUUCGUCUCACGUUGGUGUUGAGGAAGUGGGCUAAGAUUGUUUAGGCCUCAUACGCCGUUGAUGAAAGUACGGACUCACGAGGAAGCGAUGAAGGAGACGCCGUUCUUGGAGGUGGAUGAUCUGGCGUGGUUGAAGAGUUUGCGGUCGUGGUUGUCGGCUCGGGAAUGGCAUAUGUUGAUGGUGACGAAUCCGCA